UGUCACCUCCAUGCCGUGCCACCGUGUCUGACUGAGGCGUGUGUGUGUUUUGAGGCGCCCUGCUCGGUGUGUGCCGUGUCGCUGUGUCGGAGUGAAGCGCUGUCUGGGUCUCAGAGUGUGAAGAGGAUUCGGCAGCAUGUCUUUGAACCUCACUAUAAACUCCAGCAGUCCUCCGCUCGGAGCCCUGCUGACUGCAGAGCAUGUGAAGAGCAGUGUCCCGGUGUCGGUGGAGGAGGGGAAGGACACCCGGCUCCUGGUCUCAGACUCCAUCCAGUUCAACGACAGCAACUCCAUCUGCCGCUACCUGGCCCGCGUGGCGCCGGCGCUGGGCCUGUACGGCGCCAGCGUCAUGGAGCAGACCGAGGUCGACCACUGGCUGGAGUUCAGCGCCCGGCGCCUGAGUGAGCGGCCUGGGGCGAUGGCCGCGCUGGCCGCGCUGGACAAGGCGCUGUCCCUGAGGACGUUCCUGGUGGGACACGGCCUCACCCUGGCGGACCUGACCGUGUGGGCGGCGCUCAAGGGUCACGGCCUCUGGCCGGACCCGGACCGGUCCCUCCCCCACCUGGACCGCUGGUUCUCCUUCCUGAGCUCCCAGGUUCCCUUCACCGCCGUGGGAAGCAAGUACCUCAGUAAGAGAGCUCCGCCCAGCAGGUCCAGCAUGGAUGAGAAAAAGCAGGACGUGGGGAAGUUUGUGGAUUUACCUGGGGCGGAGGUGGGCAAGGUGGUAGUUCGAUUCCCGCCUGAGGCCAGUGGGUAUCUGCACAUCGGCCACGCCAAGGCCGCCCUGCUCAACCAGCACUACCAGCUCACCUUCAGGGGCAAGCUCAUCAUGCGCUUCGACGACACCAACCCCGAGAAGGAGAAGGAGGACUUCGAGAAGGUGAUCCUGGAGGACGUGUCCAUGCUCCAGAUCCACCCGGACCAGUUCACCUACACCAGCGACCAUUUCCCCACCAUCAUGAAGUUCGCCGAGCAGCUGCUGUCCGAGGGGAAGGCCUACAUCGACGACACGCCCCCCGAGCAGAUGAAGCAGGAGAGGGAGCAGCGCGUCGAGUCCCGCUGCCGGAACAACUCUGUGGAGCAGAACAUGAGGAUGUGGAUGGAGAUGAAGGCGGGGUCGGAGGCGGGUCAGAGCUGCUGCAUGAGAGCCAAGAUCGACAUGAACUCCAACAACGGCUGCAUGAGGGACCCCACCCUGUACCGCUGCAAGAACACGCCCCACCCCCGCACGGGGAGCGCGUACAGAGUCUACCCCACGUACGACUUCGCCUGCCCCAUCGUGGACAGUCUGGAGGGGGUCACCCACGCCCUCAGGACCACCGAGUACCACGACCGCGACGAGCAGUUCUACUGGAUCAUCGCCGCGCUGCGCCUGCGGAAGCCCUACAUCUGGGAGUACGCCCGGCUCAACCUCAACAACACCGUGCUGUCCAAGAGGAAGCUCACCUGGUUCGUGGACCAGGGAUACGUGGACGGAUGGGACGACCCCCGCUUCCCCACCGUCAGAGGCGUGCUGAGGAGAGGCAUGACCGUGGAGGGGCUGAAGCAGUUCAUAGCAGCUCAGGGAGGGUCCAGGUCCGUGGUCAACAUGGAGUGGGACAAGAUCUGGGCCUUCAACAAGAAGGUGGUGGACCCGGUGGCUCCCAGGUUCACAGCCCUGUCCAGCUCCUACGUGGUUCCGGUGUCCGUCCCCGAGGCGGUCGAGGAGAAGAAGGAAGUGGCCAAACACCCCAAGAACACUGAGGUGGGCCUGAAGGAGGUGUGGUACGGACCCAGAGUCCUGAUCGAGGGGGCCGACGCCGAGACCUUAGCAGAGGGAGAGGUGGUCACCUUCAUCAACUGGGGCAACCUCAUCAUCACCAGGAUCAACAGAGGUGCUGAUGGCAAGGUGGCGUCCAUGGAGGCUCGUCUGAACCUGGACAACGCGGACUACAAGAAGACGGCGAAGCUGACCUGGCUGGCGGACACCAGCAGCGCCCCCCUGCUGCCCGCCGUCUGCGUCCACUACCAGCCGCUCAUCUCCAAGGCCGUCAUCACCAAGGACGACGACUUCAAGGACUACAUCAACAAGAACAGCAAGCUGGAGGAGAAGAUGCUGGGCGACCCCUGUCUGAAGACCCUGAAGAAGGGAGACAUCAUCCAGCUGCAGAGGCGCGGCUUCUACAUCUGCGACCAGCCCUACGAGCCCAUCAGUCCCAACAGCUGUAAGGAGAGUCCGUGCGUCCUCUUCUACAUCCCCGACGGCCACACCAAGGAGAUGCCCACUGCAGGGUCCAAGGACAAGAGCAAGCAGUCGUCCAACAGCACGCCCGCCGCCCGGACGAAGGCCGCUCCUGUGGCUGCGGCUCCGGCCUCGGCCUCAGACCUCUUCUCCGGUGUCGUGGCUCAGGGUGAAGCCGUUCGCCAGCUGAAGGCAGCCAAGGCGCCGAAGGAGGAGGUGGACAAGGCGGUGCAGCAGCUGCUCUCUCUGAAGGCGCAGUUCAAGCAGCAGACUGGUGUGGACUACAAGCCCGGCAUGGCUCCUCCCACCUCUUCCGCGGCUCCGCCCUCCCCCUCAGAGUCCGCCUCGUGUCCGUACACCCGCGUGACCGAGCAGGGAGACCUGGUCCGGAGACUGAAAGCAGAGAAUGCCCCCAAGGAGCAGAUCGACUCUGCCGUGAAGCGCCUCCUCGCUCUGAAGGCAGAGUUUAAAAAGCAGACUGGUCAGGAUUACCAGCCAGGCAAGACCAGCCCCGCCUCCUCCUCCUCCACCCCCGCCGCCUCCUCCUCCACCCCCGCCUCCUCCUCCUCCACCCCCGCCGCCUCCUCCUCCAGCCCCGCCUCCUCCUCCUCCAGCCCCGCCUCCUCCUCCACCCCCGCCUCCUCCUCGGCCCUGUAUGAGCGUGUUGCUCAACAGGGGGAGGUUGUAAGGAAGCUGAAGUCGGACAAAGCGCCCAAGGAGCAGGUGGACGCCGCUGUCAAACAACUUCUCGCCCUGAAGGCCGAGUACAAGCAAGCCACGGGUCUGGACUACAAGCCUGGAACGGCCCCCCCUCAGAAAGAACCCCAGCCAGCCGUCGCUUCCACCGACCUCUACAACACGGUGGCUCAGCAGGGAGAGCUGGUCCGGAAGCUCAAAGUGGAGAAAGCUCCAAAAGAUCAGGUGGACGCUGCAGUGAAGCAGCUCCUCGCUCUGAAGGCACAGUACAAACAGCAGACUGGACAGGACUACAAACCAGGACAGCAGGCCCCCCCUCAGGCCCCGGCUUCCCCCGCCGCCCCCGCUCAGGCCCCGCGUGACUCCACCUCUGUUCAGCCUGCCCAGCUCUUCUCUCAGGUGGCGCAGCAGGGGGAGCUGGUGAGAAAGCUGAAGUCUGAAAAGGCCCCCAAGGAUCAGGUGGACCAAGCCGUGAAGACUUUACUCGACCUGAAGAGCAAAUACAAGACCCUCACCGGAGAGGACUACAAACCAGUGAGCGCUGCAGGAGCCACCGGAGGAGAGGACAAGACCCGCAAGGAGAGGGAGAACAAGUCCGAGAAACAGGGAGCGGCGGGAGGACCGGGAGGCAAGAAGGGCAAAGGAGACAAGGCCGGUCAGGGCAAGGACUCGUCCGGAGGGUCAGGAGACGGUCAGGGACCCAAGAAGCAGACACGGCUGGGUUUGGAAGCCAAGAAGGAGGAGAACCUGGCCGACUGGUACUCCCAGGUCAUCACUAAAGCGGAGAUGAUCGAGUACUACGACGUGAGCGGCUGCUACGUGCUGCGGCCCUGGGCCUUCUCCAUCUGGGAGGCCAUCAAGGACUUCUUCGACCGGGAGAUUAAGAAGCUGGGCGUGGAGAACUGCUACUUCCCCAUGUUUGUGUCUCAGGCCGCUCUGGAGAAGGAGAAGUCCCACAUUGCAGACUUUGCUCCUGAGGUCGCCUGGGUGACCCGGUCCGGGAAGACGGAGCUGGCAGAGCCCAUCGCCGUCCGGCCCACCAGUGAGACAGUCAUGUAUCCGGCCUACGCCAAGUGGGUGCAGUCCCACCGAGACCUUCCCAUCAAGCUCAACCAGUGGUGUAACGUGGUGAGGUGGGAGUUCAAACACCCGCAGCCCUUCCUGAGGACCCGGGAGUUCCUGUGGCAGGAGGGACACACGGCGUUCGCCACCAAGGAGGAGGCGGCCGAGGAGGUCCUGCAGAUCCUGGACCUGUACGCCCGCGUGUACGAGGAGCUGAUGGCCAUCCCCGUGGUGAAGGGCCGGAAGACGGAGAAGGAGAAGUUCGCCGGGGGCGACUACACCACCACGGUGGAGGCCUUCAUCUCCGCCAGCGGCAGGGCCAUCCAGGGCGCCACCUCCCACCACCUGGGCCAGAACUUCUCCAGGAUGUUCGAGAUCGUCUUCGAGGACCCGAAGAAGCCGGGGGAGAAGCAGCUGGCCUUCCAGAACUCCUGGGGCAUCACCACCCGGACCAUCGGGGUCCUCACCAUGGUCCACGGGGACAACAUGGGCCUGGUGCUGCCCCCGAGGGUGGCCUGCCUGCAGGUGGUGGUCAUCCCCUGUGGAAUCACCGCCUCGCUGCCGGAGCGCGACCGGGACGCCCUGCUGGCUCAGUGCAGCGCCUGCCUGCAGCGGCUGCUGGACGCCGGCAUCAGGGCCAAGUGCGACCUGCGAGACAACUACUCCCCCGGGUGGAAGUUCAACCACUGGGAGCUCAAGGGUGUUCCUAUCCGGGUGGAGGUGGGCCCUAAAGACAUGCAGCAGCGGCAGUGUGUGGCAGUGAGGAGAGACUCCGGGGAGAAGCUCACCAUCCCAGAGGCCGAGCUGGAGAAGAGGCUGUCGGCCAUGUUGGAGGACAUCCAGACCUCACUCUACAAGAAAGCAUCAGAUGACCUGAAGAGUCACAUGGUGGCUGUAGACACCAUGGAGCAGUUCCAGAGGGAGCUGGACCUGGGAAAGAUCGUCCAGAUCCCGUUCUGCGGGGGAAUCGAGUGUGAGGACUGGAUCAAGAAGACCACCGCCCGGGACCAGGACCUGGAGCCCGGAGCGCCCUCCAUGGGGGCGAAGAGCCUGUGCAUCCCCUUCUCCCCCCUGAAGAGCCUGCAGCCCGGCCAGAUGUGUGUGAGCGGGGAGGAGCCGGCUCAGUACUACACCCUGUUUGGACGCAGUUACUGAGGAGCUGCUGCUCCGCCUCUCCACACCAUGUGUUCCUCUCAUUUUCUAGCAGUUCUCUUUGUUGUGAGCGAGGUGAUAGAUGGUGGCGGGGAGUCUGCGCCCAGCAGCGUGUCUCAUACGGUGUGGAAAGCAUCCACUUUACUUAAUCCUCUUUUUUUAUAUUCAGGCCUGUUUGACGCUUCAGGCCCGUUGAAUUAGCGAAGUGAGCGCUGGAUUAGUGAGAAAGCCCUAAGCGCUAGUUCUUCUGGGAGAAUAAACUCAGGGAGACUUCCCCAUGGCGUGCCAGCUCCGGUCUUCACUUCCUGUUUCAAACCUGGAAUAAAGUCCUCUCUGAGCAAACCUGUGUCCCGG